GAAAUUCUGAUCUGACAUUCGUGAAUCCCCAAUCCUAAGUGGAUCCUUGUCCACGAUGCCGUCUGAACUGUUGCACAUCCCACCAGCUUAUGUCCUCGUGGGUAUUUACAGACUACUGACUGACCCAUUCAUCCGUCAACCGGUGUUGGACAAGAUCAAACAUGCUUCCGUGAGAGGGUUGAUCGUUGGAUUAUUGUAUUCCAUUGGGAGUUGGCGAAUCCUCAAUUGGUUCGUCCGGAAAGUGCUACUUGGUAGAGCGGGAUGGCUCCUAGGUGGAGGCGCAAGAGCACGGGUAGGAGAAGCAGUCAAGGAGAGCGUGGCUGGGGUAGUCAAAGUUGGUCUGGGACCAUUGAGCUUCCAUGUUGACUUGGUCCUUUAUACCCAUCUGUUGAUACUACUCCCUCAAGUCUCGUCGAUCCUCAGGAUGUUCAUUUACAAAAACCUUCGAAUCGCUAGAUCACGAGCAUGGGCAUUGACCGUAUCUUCCCGGGGCAAGCCCUCAGAGUUCUGGUCCCAGGGCUAUAUCGAGGAAUGGGCUCAGCCGCCGAAACCUUCUGCUAGCGAUCUUUCUGGAAAGGGUGGAAGGAGGACAAAAGAAGCCAGGUGGUUGAGUUGGCUCUUGUGGUGGCCAACGCAGGUCGUCCUCCGACACUAUAUCCUCCUGCCCCUCUCCCCGACCCUACCGCUACUCUCACCUCUCGUCACGGCUCUACUUCGAGGUCUCACGACCGCCGAGUACUUGCAUCAACCGUACUUUGACCAAAAAGACAUGUCGCCCGAAUCAAGAUGGACAUGGGUCGAGGAGCGCAUGUGGGCCUAUAGGACAUUUGGGUUCGCAGCGAGUCUAUUGGAAAGAAUACCCAUCGUUGGCUUGUUCUUCUCCAUCUCAAAUAGGAUAGGAGCUGCCAUGUGGGCAUUCGACCUAGAGAAGCGCCAGCAUCUCUUUGCAAAUGAGAUACUAAAACCCUUGCAGCCCAACCAAGUUGGCUUGUUUGGUAUGGGAUCCGUGACGAGUGCAGACUUUGAUGUGCAGGCUGCAGAAGAUGGGUUGGAGAGAAAAUGGAGCAAAAAGGCAGACAAUGAGAAGGGUAUUGCAGAGCUCAAGGGGGAGGGUAUAGGAGCGUCUCAACCAGGUGAAGAGAGGGUGUUGUAGAGUGGGGCCCAUGAGAGUCAGCCGUCUGCGUGCUUGCUCCCGGUCUGGUAGAUGAACAGGACGACUCAUGUGUAUAAUGCCUAUCCGCAAGCGUAUAUGUCGUCCACGAUGAGACACACUGAUG